UAACCAAUCAGAAGCGAGUUAGUUUUUAUCUGUUGUCUCUCUCUUUUGUCGUUGUUUACGUUUUGGACUUGUAUUUUUAUUUUAUGAUGGUGUAUUCGUAUAUUUAUUGUCAUACAUGUGUAUAAAUCAUCACAUUACAAAUAAAAUAACAAAUGAAUCAAUGUAACAUAACUUUACUAAACCGUAAACGUUAAAUUAUUAAAUGAUAUCAAAGCUGUACGUACUUAACUAGUACAACUAGUACUUAUCAAUAUCAAAAUUCAAAACGUAAAAUAAGUAUUUCGAAUUCUCAAUGAAGAUGAUCGUCACAACACAAACACUUAACGAUCAUCUUUAUCGAGAAUUCGAAAUGACACUUGUAUUAGCCAUAUCAUCACAAGCACAUAUGACAUAAGUCACAUAACGAUCAUCUUUAUUGAGAAUUCGAACUACACGUUUUGAAUUUUGAUACUAGUAGAUACAGCUUUAAUAAUUAUUCAACAUGAUAGUAAAGUUAUGUUACAUUGAUUCAUUUAUUAUUUGUAAUGUGAUGAUACAUAUACGACGAAAAAACGACGUUGGAAAAUAUAUUAUUAUUUUUUUUAAAGAAAAAUAUAGAAAUAUAUACGAAUACACCAUCAUAAAAUAAAAUACAAGGCCAAAACGUAAACAACGGAUGAACGGACGAAAGAGAGACAACAGAUAAAAACUAACUGGCUUCUGAUUGGUUACACAUAUUUGCCCUCGAGACGCUCGUCCUGCAAUCAUACUCGCAGCUUCUUAUCACUGAGUGUCAAUUCAGUAAUCACUAAUCAGCCACCCGCUAAAUUUACUACUUUGGCGUUGAAUUUUUUUAUAAUUAUUUGAUUUUACAUUUACUGCCCAGAAAAAUAGUGUAUUGUAUUUUUCGUCUAUCUCCUGCCCAAGAAGAUCGCCGGAUCCUUUAUCACUGGGGUAAUUCGAUCAUGACCACUUUCAAUCUAGAAUACGAUGAAACUCUGGUUUUAAUGUUAUUCAAGAAUGUCUCCAAUAUCGAAGAAAUCAACUCCAAAUUAAGUACUUCAACUCCACCGUUCCAGAACUGCACCAUUAUAAACUACAAAGUGAUCGUCGAUCCUUUCCAAAUCCUGAUCGCUGCUAACAAAGCAAUCAAUUCCAAACACAACGGUAGCUUGAUCACCAAGUCACUAAGUACGGAAUUAUUAUUCAAUUUAUCAAUAUCUGAUAAUAUCACGAUGUCGCUGAAUAAAUUUGGAUAUGCCUCCAACACUCAGCACUUAUUGCUGGCAAUAUUUGAAAAAAAUCCCAAGAUAAUUGAAGCUAUCGCAUCUGAAGUUCAAGGAGUACCAGAACCUAUUUCAAAUUUGUGUAAUUUUAGUGAUCUCGAAGCUGUAAAACAAUCGUACGAUGUAACAGAUGAAAAUUUAGUUGCUAGUUCGUUAUUAAAUUUAGUCACAACGAAAAUAGCUUGUAAAGGAGUGUGAUGUAUGAUUUUUUAAGCACGAGCUUGAUUGUUUGUAUCUUACUUUUUGAUGUUUAAUAAAUAAAUGAAUAUCAAAUUUAUAAA